UUUAUUAAUUCAUGGACAUGCAUGGACAAGGUUAAGUAUUUGUCAAAAUGCUAAUGUUCAUGUCCUUCGUAGUUCACACCAAUAAUUAGUAAUUUAACAGACCAUCUGAAUUAUUUAGUGUUUAAUGAGAGAUCUGAUGGAACCACCGCCCACUGUAACCGAAUACCUUAAUAAGCUAAUAAACAGAGUAUCUCUCUGAUCAACUAUACCCAUUGACUUAUUCUUAUUAUUCCAUCUCUCAGACACUGAAUUCUGUACAACAAUAAGAAUAUUAGAUGAUGGGAGAGAUAGUAAACUAUAGAAAGCAAAACUGGUAUUCUGCAUUCCCCACUUGGAUCUUCCUGUAGGGCAAACAAGUGCCAGCAUAUUACAGAUUCUGAUCAUCUUCUUUAACGAUGCUACUUAAUUAUUUCAAUAAAAAUUAGUAUUUGCAUUGAUUUAAGUACAAUUCAGAAAGGAAGGUGUAAGUAAUUAAGAUCCAAAUGGAUGAAAUAAUUACAUAUGGAUGGCAACCUUAAUUUAGCCUUUGUGUCUAAACUUUCCACUACCAAACUAAUUCAAUGAAACCGUCCAUAUUUCCAUAUGUUCAGAUUAGCCAGUCUAAGUAUGCACAUGCACUCCGUGGUUUGUCAAAGUUUAUGUUGAGUCCUUAAGUUUCAUAUUGUUGCAAUCAAAUCCCGAGUUGUGUGUUAGCUUAUUUGGUAAACACGAAUGAUUAGUGAGGAUCAUAAAAUAGGAGAUGAGUGAGAACAGUGGAUUUGCCCAAGUGUGUAUGCCAAAAUUUGACGGCUAUUAUUAGCAUAGAGCUAGUCUUGUGAUGGAGAAUAAGUUAAGAUACAAAGAGCACUGGGGUGUGGUUACUCAGGGUUUUCAAGAGCCAACUGAAGGUGUGGUGUUGUCUGCUGAAGAGUAAAAAACCUUGGAUGAUCAAGGCUAGAAAGAAAAAAAGUACUUAUUCAACACUAUUGAAAAAAAGUACUUAUUCAACCUUGGAAGUAAUUUAAAACAUGAAUUUAUACAGGUCCAAUGUGAACUUGCAUACUUCUACAAAAUGUACAGCUCACAUAUAUGUAGGCGCACUAGUUUUUUCGCACCCCCAUAUGCCAACUAUGGCGAGAUGGCUAUUUACAGUGUAGCCCUAUUCAAGAAAUCUUGCCAUAUGGUUCAUCAUAUAUGGAGAAAUCUUGUAAGAAUCUCCAAUGAAUCACUUUUGUGAUUGAUUUGCACCAAGAGAGAUCUGGAGUUGUUGAUAUAAUCAAGAAACCAACUUUAAUUAACUAGAACUACUAACUCUCUUCAAAAGUAAUAUAAUUAGAUCCAUAAAUAUAUGAGACUAAAAGAGAAAGCACCACUAAUCAUGAUUAUCAUCGAGAUUAUGUUAUCUUCAGCUCCCCAAGUUUAACAGAUCCAAUGUGAAUUUGCAUACUUCUAGACCAACGCUUAACUCGAGGGUUCCUAUACCACCACCCAGUAAUAUUUUAACGAUAUGCUAGCUAGUUGUACUUGUACUGAUUCUUAGUUUUGACUUAUGAUUUGCAUCUUUUGUUCUUACGAGAAGUUAGCAUUUAAUAAUGUUUUCUUUAGAUAUUAUGAUGUCUACUCUAGAUGAAGAGGUCCUUCCAUUCGGUUUCGGUUAACCACUAAUCGAUUAAGCGGUUAGUGGUUAACUAUUAAGCAAAACAUGCCAUAUUGGAAACCGAAUUGAUAAUACUUAUCGGUUAACUGUCUGCUAUCGGUUGGGUUAACGGUGAGUUUGACGUUUAAUCACGAACAACCUCCACAUGUGACAUUUUUCUUUUGUUAUUUUUAGAUUUUGUAUGGUGUUCUUUUUAAUAACAAAAUAAAAUCAUUCAAAUAAUUUAGGGUGUGCAGCGUUUCGUCCGGACCGAACCAAAGUCAUGAGAAUCGUGAUCCAUUAGUAAUAGACAUCUUAAGACCAAGGGUUCAAUCCCAUCACUGCAUUUGGUUCAUUUGGUCAUGUUCGGUCAGGUCCAAAUAUCAGUUUGGUCCUUCAUUUCUUCAGUAAUUGUAAAAUUCAUUAGGACCAAGGAUUGAACCGCAUUAUAAUCGAUCUGGUGCAGCGUGGUCCAAACUUUGGUUUGGUCUAGUGCGGUUCGAUACGGACCAGACCAUUGCACAUCCCAACAACUAACUCAAAUAAUUUAGCUACACUUCUACAUUGUUAACAUGAAGUAAUAAUUACAAGAAAUAAUAUGAAUAAAAUACAAUAUCGAGAAAUUUUACAAUGCCAUAUAGCAUUGGUGCUAUAGGUUUUUGCCUUUAUGGUACAACUUGAAGUUCUGCUUUUAACGUUAUAGUACAACUUCAUAUUGUACUUAUACUCUUUUGUACAAAUUCUUUUAUGAUACAACUUGAACUUGUACAUUUAUGUGAUGAUACAACUUUACAACAUAAAGUUGUACCAUAACAUAAGGUACAAAUUCAUUUAUGGUACACCUGAAGUUAUACAUUUAACAUUAUGGUACAACUUCAAGUUGUACAUUAAAGCACCAAUGUUUUAUAGCAUAAUAGAAGUGCUCUACAACAUCUAUCGUGAAUUCAUAAUCCAAAUCCUAACUUUGGACACAUAAAAAAAAUAAAAUGUCUUCACCCAAUUAGCGAGUACAAACUAGCAAGACAUUAAACACAAGCACCACAAGAUCAUCAUCAUUCACGAACAUCAAACAAACAAUGACUACUUGUCUACUAGGGUGCGAGAUUCGCUUUAUCCAAUGCAAGGGGGAGUCAGAGCUAGAGGGAUGACUUUCAAAUUUAUGACUCUUAAACAUAUUUGUUACUUUUGGUGGAAGGUUAUCUUGUGUUAUAAAAAACAUUUUGACAGAACCUUCAAAUUAUAGCUUCUGCUCUUUGUUAUGAAAAUAUUUUCAGCUUUUCAAAACCCAAAUUAAUAUAGGUACUUAGCACGGUUUCAUUUUUUUUUUAAAGAAAACAAUACUUCUAAAUGUUGGAUCAAACAGAGAGAACUUCAUAUCAUAAUAUGAAAAUGUUUAUUCUCAUAGGAAAAGAAUCAGUCAAAAGAAUCAUAUCAUAAUGUUUAUUAACUGUAAUUUUUUCCCCAACUGGUAGCUAAUUGUGAAGGUUAAUUCAUAAAACAUACCCCCAUCAAUUUCUCAAGUUUGGUUAAGAGUUGGAUCGUCAACUCAUUAGUCCAUUAUUAGAUUCACAUUAAAGCCCACAAAUAGUAACAUUAAUGAAAUAUAGAGAGGGGAACGUAAAAAAAAAAAAAAAACAAAUGAAAACCACCUCUGACCUCUCCAAUAAUCUUAGAGAGAGAAUGAGAGAAGGAAGGAAGGAAGCACACCACCACCAGCAGACCAGCUAGGCUGGAAGUGAUAGAGAGAGAGAGCGAGAAAGGGUGGGUGGGUGCAUGUGUUCGUGUAGUAUAUAUACAUAGAGACAAAAGCCUUGUGGGGUUCAUUUCAUUUCAUUUCGUCAUUUCAUUUGGAGAGAGAGAGAGAUCUAUCUAAUCUGUCUAUCUAUCAUCACCUCUAAAUUACAAAACGAAAACCACUACAACAACUGGCUUUCCACAUUUUCCAAACCAUACAUUAUCCACCGGAGAGAAUUCAUCCAUCAUGGAAGUAGCCGCAGCUGAGAAGGCGACGCAGGUGAUGAUGAGGUUCGAGGAGACUGAGCUCCGCCUUGGCCUUCCCGGCAACGCCGCUGUUGCGGCGGGGAAUGGUAGUGUGAGGAAGAGAGGAUUCUCUGAGACUGAGACCAUGGAUCUGCAGCUCAACCUCUCUUCUUCCUCCACCACCGCCACCAAGCUGGACGCUCCACCUUGUGCCGCCGCCGCAGCUGGCAAGUUGCUUGAUGCUUCUCCUCCUCCUCCUCCUCCUGCUGCUGAUCAGAAUAAGAUGGAGAAGACCCUUCUCCAGGCAGAUCCCGCCAAGCCUCCUGCCAAGGCACAGGUGGUGGGGUGGCCGCCAGUGCGAUCGUUCAGGAAGAACAUGGUGCAGGCGGCGGCCGUCAAGAAGAGCACCACCACCACCAAUGCAGGGAAGGAGAAGGAAGUUGUUGUUUCGGCGGCGGAGAGCGAGGUGGCGGCGGGGAGCUUCGUGAAGGUGAGCAUGGACGGGGCUCCAUACCUGAGGAAGGUCGACCUGAAGAUGUACGCAAGCUACAAGCAGCUCUCCGACGCCCUGGCCAAGAUGUUCAACUCCUUCAGCACUAAUGAAGCAGCUGCUGGGGGAAUGAAGGAUUUCAUGGGCGAGAACAAUGGUAGUGCUGCUGAUGAUUACGUCCCCACCUAUGAGGACAAGGACGGUGACUGGAUGCUCGUCGGCGACGUCCCUUGGGAGAUGUUUGUGGUUUCGUGCAAGCGGCUUCGCAUCAUGAAGGGCAAGGACGCCAUUAUUGGGCUUGCACCAAGAGGCAUGGAGAAGCGCAAGAACAGGGCCUAGGUAAAGCCACACAAGCUGCUGCUCCUUUUGAUCUCAUUCAACCGCAUGCAGCAGCUGGGGAGAUGGAUUGAGCAGCAGGCUGUGUGUCUGUGUUUUUUUAUUUGGCAUUGCCAUAUAUGGUUUUAACUGUCGUAAUACUACAUACCAUAUGAGAAUAAUAAUGUUAUGUACUUAAAUUUGUGCCCUGAUGAACGCUUGUUUGAUUUUGUGUGCACUUUUUUUUUUUUUUCCUUUCUUUGUUUCUAUUUUGUUUGUGAGACAUACAGUUACUUCUAUAGUAUAAAAGUUGUCGGUGUUGCUGUUUAUUACUACUGCCUACGUACAGACAGGAACUACAAUCAUCUGUAUUUUGCAAUUUGCUGCUGGCGAUUUAUAUUAACCUGUUGUUGUUGUGAUGGUGUAUUGAUCGAAAUUAGUUGUUGGUCGCCAUCGACUCAUGCAUGUGUGCGUGUCGUGACUCGAUUGGUUUUUGGGGGAAUAUUAUAUUAUAUAAUAUUAAAUUAAUUAAUGUAUAUGGUUCAGGGAUAUGUAAGAGUACAGAAACGAGAGAAAGAAAGGGUGGACAAGGUGGGGGAUUCCUAUGCCCUCAGAAUUGGUUGGAAGAGGGAACAUGAUCAUGUGCAUCUAUUGAUGGGAGCAUUUAUAUCAUAUGCGAUGCCCCAUUGCCCAUCUGCCAUGUUCCUCUCAAUUCAAUUAUUUCUGGUUUCCAGCAGUUUACUUGUUUGUUUUUAUUAUUUUCCUUUAAAAAAAAAAUUAAUGUUUUUUUUGGGGGGGUUUUUGGGGCAUAUCGAUCCCUUUUCUCUUAAUUGAUUUUUAGGAACUAUGAAUAUCUCAGUCUGGCUAGGCAGGCAUUGUUCGGUUGUUCAGUUCCAAUGGGGAAAAAGUCAAUGGUUAUUAGGAAUGAUAAUUUCGACUUGACCUGAUUUAUUCGAUCGUUUGUCUUGUUUUGGGGUGGGUCGGACCCGCUUCGUAGGUGGGGCGGGACGGACAUGUGUACCUCUCAUCUAUCCGAUUUGCCUUGACCUGUCCCAUUCUCGACCCGUUCUUGUCUAAAUUACAUGUAAUCUUAGUCAAAUUACUAAGGAUUUUCUUCUUAUUACAUUUUAAUUUAGCUAUAAUAAAGUUGUAAAUAAGUGAAAAAAUCUCAAUUUUUUCAAUAAUUUAACUACAAUAUUUUAUCAUAUUAUGAUUCUUUCUUGGUCUUUUAAUGAAAAUAACGAAUAUUUCUAAUGUCUUUUGCACAAAUUACAUACCCAUUGGGUCGACCUGCCAGUGAUAAAUUACCCGGCUUGCCAUUAGGCGGAUAUGGGUAUCGAGAUACCAGCCCCGGACCUGCCCAUUGCUAUUCCUAAUGGCCUUAGUUAGAUAGAUACCAUUCUGCUACUAGAUAACUGUUUCUUUUAUAUUCACACUCAGUAAAUCUAUAUACAUUUUUUAGGCAUUGGCAAGAUUUGAGUACAUCAUCCACGAGAGAAAGACGUUUAAUACGCAAUUAAAAAGAUAGGUAUAAAGUUCGUAGAUGAAUCUCUUCCAAGAUUUUUAAGUUAUUUUGAUGUAUUUGAAUGUAUUUGACUUCACAUCGCAUAAUUUAUAUUUGAGAGUUAUAAUUUUCUGAGUUCGCAUUACCUCCGAAAGUGUUGGUUGAAGCGUUCAUUCCGGUGCACAGGGAAAAAUAGAAUUACAUAAGAAGUCAUGAAACGACGGAAAUGAAGGUCCCUGUAAGUU